AUGGCCGACGUAGAACAACUACAUAACCUUAAGAGGAAACGUACAAGGGAGCGAAAUAACAUUACGCGUUUCGCCAAUUCACUUAACUCGUUCACAGGAGAGACUUCCCUUGAAGAUUAUGAACAUUACAAGGGACGCGUCGAGGAAGCGUUAGAACGUAUGUUGCGACUGGACGACUCCAUCCACGACCUCAUUGCGGAUGAUGAAUACGACACAGACGUGGCGAUUUGUGAAGAAUAUAUCGACACCGCCAAGCGCGCGAUCCAGAAGGCAGUGCGAGGGAUCGACAAGAGGCUUUCUGCGGCAACGGCCGACUUAACAAUCAGUGAGACCUCUGCUGCGGCUGUUCCCACCCCAUCGUUUGUUCAUUCGGUAAAAUUACCUCCCAUCAAGUUAGAGCCCUUCUCAGGAGACGUGGAAAGCUGGUCACGUUUCUGGGAACAAUUCGAGUCAUCCAUUGAUAAGGACCCAUCCCUCUCGGCUGUUAACAAACACGUAUUUCUUCGAGGCUAUCUUGAGGGAGAGCCGAAGCUGUUGGUAGAGGGCAUCUCUGUCUCAGCAUCAACAUAUGAGGACACCAAGAAGAUUCUUCGCGAACGGUAUGGGGACCGGAACCGCAUAAUACAGGCCCACCUAGACUACCUACAAGACGUCACGCCGAUUACGACCGCGUCCCCCGAAGCUCUCAAUACUACGUUCAUAGAGUGUAACAGACGUAUCCAGGCCCUCCAGGCGAUAGGGGAAGACGUUAACGCCUACGGUAGAGUACUGGCGCCAAAAAUACUUCGCGCAUUCCCUGACGAUGUAUGCAGGAGAUGGAUCGUUCACGUGAAGAGGGAACAGCUCUCUGAGGGUGAUAUCAUAAAAUUAAUGGAGUUUCUGAGCGUUGAAGUAGAGGGAGCCCUAACCACCCAGAAAAUUCGCGGCGAGAGUUUGAGCGUUUGUAACCUCACUCCAGCGGCGGCGACCUUCCACAUCAGCUCGAAAACCCAGAAGAAUAUUCGAAGAAUUAAAGGACCUACGGAACCCUUCUGUGUCUUUUGCGAGAGCCGCCGCCACUGGGCCCAAGACUGCGAUACUGUCACUGAUACUCGCAGCCGCAUAGAGAAGCUGAAGGCCGCAAACCGCUGCUUUAUUUGCCUCAAUCGAGGCCACAAUGCCCGCACUUGUAGCAAGAAAGGAAGAGCAUUGUGCACGAAUUGCAAGAGGAGUCACCACAGAUCCAUAUGCAACAGCACGGAACACAAUACUGCCCAACCACCCAUCUCAGUCGGCAAUGUAGGAGUUGCCUCUUCUGAUUUUACCUACCUGCAGACCGCACGUGUCUGGGUUAGGGGGCCUACAGGUAUAAGCAAACUGACUAGAUGCGUGCUGGAUGGCGGCAGCCAAUCCAGCUUCAUCACGAAAUCAAUAAUAGAGGACCUGAAGUUAGAAACAAUUGAAAGUCGACAGCUAGCAGUUAGCGCCUUCGAGAUGCCAUCUGUUCUUUCAAAUCCACGUAGACUCGUCCGAUUGGAUCUAAAGGGUAUCUGGACUAACUCUACAACAUCCAUCACUGCGUUUGAGAGUGCUCACGCCUUCUCAGCUCACCCGACUGUACCGCAUGACGUCGACGUUUUGGGACGCACACGCAAAAUGCAACUCGCUGACCCGAAGGACGACAACGACGAUCUUCCUAUCGAGAUUCUCAUCGGAGGUGACCAUUACUGGAAGAUAGUCAAAAAUGAUAUGCCAGUACGACUGUCGCAAUCACUAGUACUGAUCCCGUCCAAGCUGGGUUGGGUACUCAGUGGAAACCGAUCUGGGAUCACCGUCAGCUCGGUAGUCGUAAACUACAUUGAGUCGGACCACUGCGUCCCUCAUUCAGAUGAUGAUUUUCGACGCCUAUGGGAUUUGGAUGUCAUCGGAAUCUCGCCAGACCAAGACCGAUCUUUAGGUGCAAAGGACACUGCCAUCCUCCAGCGAUUCCACAACUCCCACCGCAUUGAAGACAGGCGAAGAGUAGUUUCUCUUAUGAGAAAGGAGAAUAUGACCCUACCGACCAAUCGCCAGAAUGCAGAAAAACGAUUUCAGACACUGCAGAAGAGACUUGAAAGAGAUGCAGGUCUGCAGGAAGUUUAUUACUCGCAAAUGCUAGAUUAUGUAAGAAAGGGUCAUGUGGAAAUCGCCGAGCCUAUACAAGACUCUAAGGAGAGUUAUUAUCUGCCACACCAUCUGGUAAAGAAGGAAAGGCGUGGGAAUAUCAAGUGGAGGAUCGUGUUUGAUGGGUCCUCGCGUGAACAAUACGCGCCCUCACUCAAUGACGCUCUGGAGAUGGGACCAAACCUUCUUCCAGAAACCUUGUCCAUUCUUCUGAGAUUCAGACUAUACCCGUCAGCGAUUAUUGGCGAUGUCAGCCAGGCAUUUUUACAGCUUGUCCUAGAUCAAGAUGACAGGGACUUAACGAGAUUCCUUUGGUACCGAGUGGUUGGCGACGAUGAACAUGGUUACGAAACUACAAGCGACAUAACAACUUACCGUUUCAAAAGGCUUCCUUUUGGCCUGACUUGCAGUCCUUUUCUGCUUGCCGCUACUCUGCGAGAGCUUGCUGAUCGUUACAAGCAGACGUUUCCCCAUGCUGCAUCCCUUAUGGUCAACAGCACAUAUGUCGACGACUUCGCCGCAGGGGCAGAAAACGAAGUUGAGGUAAUCGCACUGUACUACGAGCUUACUUCCCUUAUGGGACAAAUUCGACUCCCUAUGGCAAAAUGGGCCUCAAAUUCCACGCAGUUGAAAACAGUUUGGACUGCUGAGGGACAGAGAUUCGACGCAGAAGCCCAAGUAUUGGGCGUCGAUUGGAAUAUAGAAACCGAUACAUUCUCCAUCGAUCAUGAGGUCAUUACAAACAAGGUAGCAAAAGGACCCACCACAAAAAGGAACGUGCUGAAAGCCGCGGCCACACUUUAUGAUCCCUUUGGCCUAGCAUCGCCUGUUUCCAUCAUUGGGAAAAGAUUAUUCCAGGAUACAUGGUGUCGAGGGAUGGGCUGGGAUGAACUCCUACCACAAGACCUUGGACUACAGUGGCACACGUGGGUAGCGACACUACCAUCCUUAUCAAGCAUACAUAUUCUCCGUUGUGUACACACUUCGGAAGAUGGUGAUUCUCACAUCCAUGCCUCCGAACGGGCAUAUGGUGCAGCACUAUACAUCAGAACGGAGGGUAAGGACCGGGUCAGGGUCCAGCUGGUCUGCAGCAAAAACAGACUUGCGCCUGUAAAGAAGGUGACCUCACCACGACUGGAGCUCCUCGCAGCACUGAUAGGUGCCAGGCUGCUACACUAUUACUGUCGGGAGACGGGGUUCCACAGUCAAGCAGCAACUCUUUGGACUGACUCCAUGGUGACCUUAGGCUGGAUACGUGAAGACCCAAACCGCUGGAGAACCUUCGUAUGCAACAGGGUUACGGAAAUACAAACGUGCACUAAGCCUUCGCAAUGGAGACACUGCCCUGGAGAAAGCAAUCCAGCUGAUCAUCUUUCGAGGGGCAUCACAGCAGAUCGACUGAAGGCUUUGGAUAAAUGGUGGCAUGGACCUUCAUGGCUUACUCUUCCUUCGCGAGAAUGGCUCAAGAACCUUCCCACUUCAAGCAGCCCGCUGCCAGACGAAAAACGCCCGUGGACCCAACCAGUUCUUCUUUUGGGAAUUCAUUCUUCAUUGAUAGAUGCUACCAGAUUCAGUUCCUAUUGGAAGUUGAUACGCACGACCGCUUGGAUCCUUCGUUUCAAACAGUCACUACUCCGUCGAGAGAGACUUCGAGGCGAACUGACUGCGGCGGAACUCGCGGCGGCCCGUGCCUACUGGAUUCAGACUGUACAAGAGGAAUGCUUCGCUAUCGAGCUUUAUGCACUUCGGAACAACACACCACUGCCGGAAGAAUCCAAAAUCGCUUGUUUCAACCCAUUCUUAGACUCUGGACUCAUUCGUCUCGGCGGACGGCUACACUUUGCACCGCUAACGAGAGAGCAGCGUCACCCACUCCUACUGGAUGGGCAACAUCACUUCACGAAAUUGCUAAUACAGCAGACACACAUUCGCCUACAUCAUCUCGGACUUCGCAUGGUGUUCAAGGAGUUAGCAGAGCUUAGUCAGGUUUUUGCCGACCAACGAACAAGCCAGCACUUCGCCCGCAACGGUAUCUCAUGGAAAUUCAUCGCAUCACGGGCGGCUUGGUGGGGAGGCUGGUGGGAACGAAUGGUUGGAACAGUAAAACGUUGCCUAAGAAAGGUGUUGGGUAAAAGCCAAAUCAAUCAAGAAGCCCUUGGAACACUGUUAGUGGAAGUAGAAGCCGCCAUAAACUCUAGACCAAUCGUUCAAGACGACUCUGAUGUGCUGACGCCAAGUCACUUUCUAAAUGGUGAACGCUUGACGGCAUUGCCCACCGGUCCGGAGCCCACCACCCGAGACAACCUCAGAAAAGAAGCCAGACUUAGGGAGAAAAUGCAGGAAGACUUCCUAAAGCGGUGGCAGAAGGAGUAUCUCCUCGAACUGCGAAGUUAUCACCAGGUACGGCGCCCUAAAGAAAGAUCUAAGGAAUAUCGUGUAGGAGAUAUCGUUUUACUUCAGGACGAUCUACGACCACGGCACAUGUGGCAGAAGGCUCGAAUCCACGAAACGCGACCUGGCCGGGACGGAAAGGUGCGGACAGGUAUCCUCCGGACCGCCAACGGUACCAACGUCAGCAGACCUGUGCAGCUGGUCAUCCCACUGGAGAUCGACCAGGGUGGGGAGGAUGUGGAGGACUGA